CAACACCAUAAGUUACGAAUGCAACAACAAAUUGGAAAGACUUGAAACAUUGUAUAUCUACUCGUCUUAUGAGGCCAACGACUCUUAUUUAAAACCAAAUACAAGCCAAUACCUAUGUCGGAACGACUGACGCCAAUUCGUCUACCCAACACUCUCAAUUAUCCAAUUGAAAUCGCAAAAUGUCUGGUACCAGGCGGUACUUACGUGAAAAGACAUACUCCACUGUUGCUGUACCGGUUUUUCACGAAGGUAAAGGAAGACCAAGAGGAUGGCACAGAAGAAUACGUAGAUCGCGAGUUUAUUGAGCAGUUUGAAUGCCCUGUGGAAGGAAAGCUAGUUGAAUGGGAAGUAGAGAAUGAUGAACAACUUGAAAAUAAUCUAAAAGUGGUAGCAAAGCUACAUGAGCCAUGUACUCAUGAAGUCCAUUACGGAGGGUUGUGUGCAAUUUGCGGAGAAAAUAUUACAAGCCAAGAUUACAUGGGAUACUCUGACAUGACAAGAGCAAAUAUCAGUAUGACCCAUGAUACUGGUGGUUUGACUGUCAGCUUGGACGAGGCUAGUCGUAUCGAAGAACAAAACGUGAGCCGGCUGCGUAAGGAACGAAGGCUUUCUCUUAUUGUUGAUUUAGAUCAAACAAUUAUUCACGCAACUGUCGAUCCGACUGUUGGUGAAUGGAUGUCUGACCCUUCAAAUGUAAAUUAUCAUUUGCUAAAGGAUGUCCGAUCAUUUUAUCUACAGGAAGGUUAUAGAACAUAUUCGUCUUGUUAUUACAUAAAGCUCCGCCCGGGUUUACAAGAAUUUUUGACACGCAUAAGUAGUAUGUAUGAAUUGCAUAUAUAUACCAUGGGUACGAAGGCGUACGCAAAAGAAAUAGCUAAAAUUAUUGAUCCUGAGGGAAAAGUUUUUCAGGAUCGUGUCCUAUCCCGUGAUGAUAGUGGAAGCCUUACUCAGAAGAGCUUGCAGCGAUUAUUUCCUUGUGAUACUAGCAUGGUCGUCAUAAUCGAUGACCGUGGUGACAUCUGGGAUUGGAAUCCGAAUCUCAUUAAAGUUGUGCCCUUCGAAUUUUUUGUUGGAAUUGGUGAUAUUAACAGUAAUUUCCUUGCUAAACCCACUCCUCUUCCCGAGCAAGAGAAUACCUCACCUGUCGAAACCCCACACGAACAGACUGAAAGCGUUGAUGUGAACACAAAUCAAGAUGCCGUCUUACCCGAAUCUUCUGCUUCAUUACCGGGUUCUUCUACAAUUCCAGAGCGCACUCUCCUAAAAGAAACAUUUUUGCAAGAUAAACAAGCUUUAGAUGAACAAAAUAAGGAGAGGUUUACUGCUUUACAGUUACAGAAAUCAGAACGACCCUUGGCGAAACAGCAGAAUGCGUUGCUUGAAGAGGAUGAACCUGAUCAUUCUGUAUUACACGGAGGAGAUAAAGAACUGUUGCACCUAGAAAGAGUUUUAACGAGGAUCCAUCAAGCAUAUUACGAUGAAGAGUCGAAUAACGAAAAGGAGGCGAACAAAGUACAUGCUAAUGUGGAAAGGAUCAUUCCUUCUAUGAAAUCGAAAGUUUUGAAAGGCUGUAGAAUCCUUUUCAGUGGAGUAAUUCCACUAGGAAUAGACGUUGUAACUAGUGAUAUUGCACGAUGGGCAACAUCAUUCGGAGCACAGAUUGUCGUAGACUUUGACCAAUCUCCAACGCACUUAAUUGCAGCGAAGAUACGUACAGAAAAGGUGAAAACGGCGAUAACAUUGGGUAAUGUACGAGUUGUCAAAUUGAAUUGGCUUACUGAAUCACUGUCAAUGUGGGAACGUCUUCCUGAGUCCAACUACUUGCUGUAUCCUAGUUACGAUCUCCCAGAUAGAGCAUUAUCUGACCACUACUACUCUUCAGACUCAAAUGAUGAGCAGAGAACAUAUGAAAUUAACGACCGAGAACUAGACGAUAUCGAUUGGAAUGAAGCUGAUCGUGAUGUUGAGGAUGCAUUGGGGGAUUUGAGCGAGGGCGAUGAUAACGAAGAAAAUCCUAGAGAAAGCGAUGAGGCAACACCUGCGGACAAUGAAUCAGGUUCAAAAAAACGAAAAACUGAUAAAGACGAUUCACUUUCCAAAGCCUAUGAUGAAAAACGCAAAAAGCCUAAUGAAGCAAGGAGUACGAAAGAAAGUUCUAAUCAAGGGCAGCAAGGGAGUAAUGAAAAUGACUUGGAGGGUUUACAGGAUCUUGCUGAGCUAAUGGAAGAAGAGCUAUCCAGAAAAGAGAUGUCAUAGAUUCUUUUUCUUUUCUCUCCAUCAUUUUGAUUAAUUCAAGAAUUUGUCUAUAUCACAACGUGCAUCUAAUAAAGCGUGAUGUAAAUAAAAAUAAAAAUAAAAAAAUAGGUUGAGGGCAUUUGUCUUUUUUCAAGGGAAAACUAUCCAUAAUUGAGCAUUCUCGCUCCACCAGAACAACAUGUAGCUAGCUUCUACGACGCUUGUUGACUUGUUCGUAAACUAAUCACUUUUAUCGAAUUGCUAUAAACCAUUUUUUAGCAUACCAUACUAUUAUCGUGUGCUCGUGUUCAAACAUGAUGAGUGGUUAAAGUGGUUAUAGCUACAAACUACCGAGUAUAGAAAUUUACAUAAGCAACUUAAGAUCGCAUAAAUAAUGGAUUACAUUAAUCAGUCAAUUCUCAAAAAAUAUCAAUCAAUUUAAAGUGAAUAACUGACAAUACGAAUUUUUGUGUUCAAGUACGUUCAUAGUAACUUAAGAAGAAG